AGCGUAGCGGCACAAUGUUUGACCUUGCAGCGAUAACGGCACGCAAGUGUCUACAGCAGACUUGAGAGACGACAAGACAAACGAUCGCGCGCUGUACAAGAAGAAAGUUGCUCCAAAAUGGCCCCACUCAGUGCUCGCAUUGGCCCAUCGAUUCUUAAUGCCGAUCUUUCCCAGCUGCACGAGGAGUCGGAGAAGCUGCUCGCGAACGGUGCCGACUAUCUGCACCUGGACGUGAUGGACGGUACCUUCGUGCCGAACCUCACCUUUGGCCAUCCGGUGGUGAAGUGUUUGCGAAACAAAAUCAAGGAUGCAUUUUUCGAGACGCACAUGAUGGUGCAGAAUCCCCAGCAGUGGAUUGAACCGAUGGCCGAUGCCGGUGUGCAGCAGUACACAUUCCACAUCGAACCGGUCCUCGACAGCGUGGCGGACGUCUGCAGGAAGGUGCGCGAGUCUGGCAUGAAGGUCGGGCUGGCGCUCAAACCUGGAACGGCGGUAGAAGCAGUCCAGCAGUACAUUGACAGUGCGGACAUGGUGCUGGUGAUGACGGUGGAGCCCGGCUUCGGGGGGCAAAAGUUUAUGGCCGAUAUGAUGCCGAAGGUCCAGUGGCUAAGGGAGCACUACCCUGCCCUAGACAUUGAGGUGGACGGUGGUGUUGGGCCGGCCACGAUUGAGCAGUGCUCGAAGGCGGGUGCCAAUAUGAUCGUGGCCGGGACUGCGAUCAUACGGGCCGACGAUCAGGCGGCAGUGAUUCGCGAUUUGAGAAGUGCCGUGCAGAGUGCUAUUAAUCAUGGAGGACAAUGCUAAUCACAGGCCGCACGCAAUAAUACGCUAAAUAUACAGAUUUGUUACAAAAAAAACGUUAAAAACGUA